CUCCGCAUUCGCAGCGACGCAAUUUUUCUGGGUCCGACGCCAAUGGAAACAUUGUCUUGUGCCAGUGAUUUGAGUCCUGUUCAUUUGACUCAUUCCUUUUCCUUUCUCAAAACCGACUCGAACAGCCGAAAACAUCGACAAUGGCCUCCAUCGUGACCACCCUCCAGUCCAAGCUGGGCUACAACACCAAGAAGGCCCUCCUUCUUGGUGCCGGCUUCGUGACCAAACCCACCGUCCAGAUCCUCGCCGACGCUGGCGUCGAAGUCACAGUCGCCUGCCGAACUCUCGAAAGCGCAAAGAAGUUGGCCGAGGGCCUCAAAAACACCCGACCCAUCUCUCUUGAUGUCACCAACGCCGAAGCCCUUGACGCGGAGAUGGAGCGGGCCGAUCUGGCCAUCAGCUUGAUCCCGUACACCUUCCACGCGACGGUCAUCAAGUCGGCCAUCCGUAAGAAGAAGAAUGUCGUCACAACCAGCUAUGUCUCCCCGGCCAUGCUGGAGUUGGAGGAGCAAGCCAAAGAGGCCGGCAUCACGGUCUUGAACGAGAUUGGUCUUGAUCCCGGUAUCGACCAUCUGUAUGCCGUCUCCAUUAUCGAGGAAGUGCACAAGGCCGGAGGAAAGGUCAAGUCAUUCCUCUCAUACUGCGGAGGUCUUCCGGCUCCCGAGGCCAGCGACAAUCCUCUGGGCUACAAAUUCUCCUGGUCGAGCCGUGGAGUGUUGCUGGCACUGCGAAACGCAGCCAAAUACUACCAAGACGGCGAGAUCAAGGAGAUUGCCGGCCCUGAUCUGAUGAACAGCGCCAAACCAUACUUCAUCUACCCUGGCUUCGCCUUCGUCGCCUACCCCAACCGUGACUCGACCCCAUACCGGGAACGGUACAACAUCCCCGAAGCACAGACGGUGAUUCGCGGAACCCUGAGAUACCAGGGAUUCCCGGAGUUCGUCAAGGUGUUGGUUGACAUUGGCUUCUUGUCCGAUGAAGAAAAGGACUUCUUGAAGCCAUCGGACAAACCCCUGACGUGGAAGGAAGCCACCCAAAAGAUCAUUGGCGCCACCAGCUCCACGGAACUCGAUCUCUCGUGGGCCAUCAGCUCGCGGACAAAGUUCAACGACACGGCCGAGAAGAAGCGGAUUAUCUCUGGUCUGAAAUGGUUGGGUUUGUUUUCUGACAAGCCCAUCACCCCGCGUGGCAACCCCUUGGACACCCUGUGCGCCACGCUUGAGGAGAAGAUGCAGUACGAAAAGGACGAGCGUGAUAUGGUCAUGCUGCAGCACAAGUUUGAAAUUGAGCAUAAGGACGGCACAACUGAAACUCGCACCAGCACCCUCUGCGAUUAUGGUGACCCUAACGGGUAUAGUUCCAUGGCCAAGCUGGUCGGUGUGCCCUGCGCUGUGGCCUGUUUGAUGGUCUUGGACGGCCGUAUCAAUAAGAAGGGCAUUUUGGCUCCUGUCACUUGGGAUAUCGUCGAGCCCCUGCAAAAGGAGUUGAAGGACAAGUAUGGCAUCUUCUUGAAGGAGAAGACUAUCGAGUAGGAAAGAAAACAGGUAGAUACUGUCAAAAUCAAAAUAGACUGGGCUAAAGAGUCAUAGGACAUCGGUCAUGACUGUUGGUCAUUGACAUAUGGACUUGGUUUUACAGUUUUUCCUUUUGGUCUAUUGUACAGAUGUAUCUAAAACAGGCCUAAAGAAGAUCAGAAUGUCUGAUCCUGUUUUUGUUUCUGGUUCUACACGGUCCUCCUGGAGUCAAGGACUUGGUCGCAAUUCGACAAGAGUAUCUGGAACAGCAAGAUCGAUACCCAAGCAGGGAUGCAAUGAUAUAGACAUGUCAUACCAGUGAUCUGCAACUUGAAUGAUAGCAAGGAGUAAGACAACCAGACAACCUUCCCUUCACUCUAUUCCGGCAUCCUUUGUCCUCUUGGCGACGGUUGGAUUGGGUUGGAUUGGAUUGAAUCAGCCUGCAGUGGACUGGGUCGGGUUGUGUUGGCUUGAUUUAUGAUCUGAUCUGGCAUUGAGGUGGGCAGUGCAAUCUUCCUCACAACUUGAACGGCGAGGGCCCAAGCGUACCUACAGGUAAGUAGGUAGGUGGUAAGGUUCUGUAAAGAUAAGUGUAAGUACAAGGGCACCUAGGUAGGUAGUACCAGCUAGUAGGUACAGUAGUAGUAGGAGGUAGUAGUCUUCCAAGCUCGAUCGAUCGCCA